GGUUCAGCUUCAGUCUGAACAACAGAGAGAGAGAGAUGUGGCUCCAUUYACUGCUGCUGUCGCUCGCCCUCAGCUGCUGCUCUGCUGCAGAACUCCCUGGACCUCCAUCAAUUUAUUUGAACUCAUCCUUCCAACAGAACCAAUCCGAGGUGGUCCUGAGUGCUGGCUCCGCCUUCAGGCUGGGUUGCUAUGGUAACAAAUCAGUCCACUGGUCCAGCACUGCAAUAAUUCCAGUGUACACAGACAAACGUUUGAAUCCACUGCACGUCAGCAAGGCAGAUCCCAGACACACUGGUACUUACCUGUGUAUGUACACCAAUCAGAGUCUGAGCCACCUGAACACCUGGAUCCACCUGUACAUCAAAGACCAAGCUGACCCGUCCACCAUGUUCGUCACACCUCGUCGCCAACCCAGCCUCAAAGAGGGGGAUGACUUCCUGUUCAGGUGUCUGCUGACGGACCCGUCCCUCACAAACCUCACUCUCCAAUCAGAAGACAGGGAAAGAGCUCUGCCACCAGGUAUGAACGUCGUAUUUGACCAUCGGAGAGGAGUCCUGAUAAAAGACCUGAGGACGUCCUUCAAAGGACAGUACACCUGUUCAGGAUGGAGAGACGGACAAGAGUUCAGGUCCAAACCUGUCAACCUCCAGAUUGGUCCCAGACUAUUCCCCCCUGUCUUGUCCAUCAGUCAGGUUGAAGUUCUUCGUCUGGAAGGAGAGCAGUUCGAGGUCACCUGUCAGACAAGUAACCCCUCCCACUUUGUAACUGUCUCCUGGACACACCCACAGAUAAAGGAACUGAGCUGCGCUGUCAGACGAAACUAUGAAAAUAACUACCUGUAUAUCAACAACACUCUGACUAUUUCUGCUGUCAGCCAGAGCCACGGCGGACCAUACACCUGUACUGCUGUCAACGAAGUUGGGGUAUCCACGGCCACCAUGUAUCUUAGAGUGCUGGAUCAUCCCUACCUGAGAAUUUACCUGUACCUGCACACUGCUGCUGCUCUGCACAUCACCCACAGUCUGUUUGCUAACUCCAGCAGCAUGCUAGAGGAGAAGCAGGAGGAACCAUCUACUAAUACUAGCUGCUCACAGGAAGUCAAAGGAGAUCUGAUUGCUAACAUAAGUGAUAUGAAUGGUGAUGGCAGUGCCAACAUUAGAGGCCACAGCAGAGUGAACGUGUAUGAAGGUGGAGAUAUAACCCUUACCGCUGUCCUGGAGGCAUAUCCUCCAACCCACAGACAUCACUGGAUAACUCCAUCACAACUAAACAAUGAUGGCACCAUUGAGUUUGAGAAGAGCUUCGCUGCUAAUGGCUACAAGUUGAARGCAAGCCUUCUCCUGAGACGUGUACGUCAGGAGGAUCGAGGUCAAUACACAUUUCAGUUUUCUAACUCGUUUUUUAAUGGCUCUCAGGAGGUGGACCUCCGUAUCUAUCGUUCUCCAACUGCAACCAUCAUUCAGCAAAACAACACUCUGACCUGCAGCAGCUCUGGAUAUCCUCGACCCACAGUCCUCUGGCUGACCUGCAUCAGCAUGGAUGUAUGUGAAAACGCCACCACCUAUCAGGUGACUCCUCCAACAGCUGUGACCUCACAGGAGGAGGAGGAGGAGGAGGAGGUAAAGAUACACUUCCCACUGUCAAAUGAUGAAGACCUCACAGUCGUGUGUGUGGCCAACAACCUGGUGGGAGAAUCUCGAAAACAAUUUCUUCACUAUCCUACAGGUCUUCGUGCCAUCUUCACAGCCCCUCUGUUUGGAGCUCUGAGUAUGGCGACCAUCCUCCUCCUCCUUCUAUUGGUUGUCUUAUAUAAGUGCAGACAGACUCCAAAGUAUGAGAUACGCUGGAAGAUUAUUGAGAGCACAGACGGAAACAACUACACCUUUGUUGACCCAACCCAGCUGCCGUACAAUCAGAAGUGGGAAUUUCCUAGAGACAAACUGCGCCUUGGUCCGGUCUUGGGUUCAGGGGCRUUUGGGAAGGUUGUUGAGGCAACGGCAUACGGUUUGGGAACCGACUGCAAAGCCACUAGAGUCGCCGUCAAGAUGCUUAAACCAAGUGCUCAUUCAGAGGAACGAGAGGCAUUGAUGUCAGAGCUCAAGAUCCUCAGYCAUCUGGGUUAUCAUGGCAACAUUGUCAAUUUGCUUGGAGCAUGUACUCAAGGAGGCCCCAUGCUAAUGAUCACAGAGUACUGCAGCCAGGGCGACCUGCUCAACUUCCUGCGGGCUCACGCUCAGAACUUCAUGAGGAGUGUGGACGAGGUGGAGGACCAGGGCUUUUAUAAGAACAUAGCAGCUCAGAACACUAGACUGCGCAGUGACAGCGGGAUCUCAUGUUGGUCAGACUACCAGGAGAUGCAGACAGUUCUUAGUCCUGAUCAAACAAACCCCAGUGAGCACACGGACAGCGUGUCUGUCACUGAUCUUAUGAGGUUUUCCUGCCAGGUGGCUCAGGGUCUGGAGUUCCUAUCCUUCAGGAAUUGCAUCCACAGAGACGUGGCAGCGAGGAACGUGUUGCUGACGGAUCGUCGUGUUGCAAAGAUCUGUGAUUUUGGUUUGGCUCGGGACAUUCGAAAUGAYGACAGCUACAUCGUUCAAGGAAAUGCCCGCCUGCCAGUGAAGUGGAUGGCUCCUGAAAGCAUCUUCCAGUGUGUCUACACCGUCCAGAGUGACGUCUGGUCCUAUGGAGUCCUGCUGUGGGAGAUCUUCUCUCUUGGUAAGAGUCCAUACCCCAACGUUGCUGUGGAUACAAACUUCUACAAGAUGAUCAAAGAUGGACACCACAUGGAUCAGCCAGACUUUUCUCCAAAUGAAAUGUAUCACCUGAUGAGGCUCUGUUGGAGUUUGGAGCCCACCCACAGGCCGACUUUCAAAACGAUUGGUCAGCUCAUCAACAGGCUCCUCCCCUCCACCAACGACAUACUGUCCCAUCACAAUGAGCAGGUGACAUAUGAAAACAUUGAUGAGAGCAUAGAAGAAGAAAACGAGGAGGUCCGAGGUGAAAUGUUCAAAACAAAAGAAGAAGGAGGUUAGAGUUGGUUUGCACUCACUCAACGUACCGACAGAAAGAUCACCAUGACAACAAUGAAGAUGGCGAGGGGGUGGAACUGACCAGGAAGAACAUCUACCAGCUCUCCUAACGCUGCGUUCCUCAACACUGUGACGUCAGACUGAUGUCAGUUCUGAGCUGAAAGGCUUCUAGGUUCCACCUUGUCAGAACAUUGAAAAAAGAGUUUUUAUUUCUUGCUUUGAUGGAAUAAUGCAACAAUAACACAACAGUGCUCUACGUACUACAUGUAUGACUGACUUAAUGCAAGGUAAACAACACAAAACUGGACAAAACCAGAAGAGUUUCCCUUUGCUGCUUAGAGGAGCAGCCAUGUUGAACUGAUGACAUCACACAUGCUCAGGUAUGAUUGUGUUGCACCGAGUUCCACACUCAAAAUUACAACAUUAGUGGGUGUUCCACUUGAUAUUUCCAACUAGGAAGUCUGAAAUUCCGACCUCAGAAUACAACUAAAACGCAGCAUAAUCCUCUGAUCCAAUCAGAACGCAUCACCAGCAGAACGCUUUCACAAAAGAUGUUUCUGAAACCAAACCUGUCAUUUUAUAAACUAAAUGUUUGAUUUUUCAGCCUGAUUUCCACAUUUUAACAAAUGUUUUGUCAACUAAAACAAUCAGAAAAAACAUGUUGGAAAAAAACUUAAUGUAAGGAUUCAAAGUAUUUAAAUCAUUUUUAUUGUUUUUAAAUGAUUUUUUAUAAAAAGCAAUCAUUUCUGUUGGUUAGUUUUUACAUUUUUUUCUGUUCGACUCAAACAUGUUUGAAACUAUUAUAUAUAAAGAUCUGGAUCAUUUUAUUGUUAAAGCAAAACAUAGAUGUCAGUUUUGUCCUAAAUUAAAAUUUAAACUUAAUAAAGUUUGAAUUUGUUGUUUGUA